GACAACAGCACAGAGCGCGGAGGAAAAAAUAUAUUUGUAUCCGCUGUGCGAGGAUAUUAUCUCCUUCCUUCUCAUCAGCGCAGAGUGGAUUUUUAUUUAAACGCGCGUCAGAACAGAAUUAUCUGACUCCUUGAAAGUUUAUUCAGACUGUUCCAAUUUCUCAAACUUAAAACACCUCACACUGGGAGCUGAUCGAUGCGAGGAGCCAGCGAAGUGGUUUGCUCGCCAGUAGUGUGGUCAGAGCGGGCUGUGAGCGGCGGAGCGGUGCGCGCCUCGCUCGCUCUUUACGCGCAAAGGGAAAAGAGUGAUCAGGCAACACCGGGAAUCCAUGACGAGAAAUGGAAAUUACAAAUUGGAAUUAAAUGUUGAAAUGACAAUGUCUUGAUCAUCGACUGCAUCUCCUGGACUGAGAAGCCGCUGGAAAACGCCUGAUACAAGAGAGAUGGCCUUGAAUUCUGUUGUUAAGCAGAGUACCUGCAACCACAUCUCCACAAUUAACAGGAGGUUGUGACGAUGAGGAUGUGUUCGGAGCCCCAGGCACUGCAAAGGUGUGAAGAUGGAGUCCUGACCUCAGGUGGUUCUUCCACCUCAUAAUCCUCACUGUCGUCUCUUUCUGUUGGUGUGGGAGUGGGAGACGUGGAGGCUGUGAUUAGCGGGCUGAGCCCGUGAGUGAACCUAUGGCAGAGAGACAGCACAGUGCAGGUUCCUAUGUAUGACUCUACCAUGGACCACAUCAUCUGCUACCUGCUGGUCCUGGGAUCCACAGUGAUGAUCACCCAUGCAUGCCCCAAGUACUGUGUAUGCCAGAAUCUGUCCGAAUCCCUGGGGACAUUGUGUCCCUCCAAAGGCCUUCUUUUUGUGCCUCCGGACAUUGACCGCAGCACGGUGGAGCUCCGUCUGGGAGGCAACUACAUCCUCCGCAUUACGCAGCAGGACUUUGCCAAUAUGACCGACCUGGUGGACCUGACCCUCUCCAGGAACACCAUCAGCUACAUUCAGCCUUUCUCUUUUGGUGACUUGGAAACACUACGCUCGCUUCAUCUGGACAACAACCGCUUGGUGGAGCUAGGCCCUGAUGACUUGCGAGGCUUGGUCAACCUGCAGCACCUCAUCGUUAACAAUAACCAACUGGGACGCGUCCAUGACAAGGCCUUUGAGGACCUGGCACCUGCCUUGGAAGAUCUGGAUCUCUCCUACAACAACUUGAUGUCUUUGCCCUGGGACUCAGUCCGCCAGAUGAUUAACCUGCACCAGCUUAGUCUGGACCACAACCUUCUGGACUUUAUUCCAGAGGGGACUUUUACUGACCUAGAAAGGCUGGCGAGAUUGGACCUGACCUCAAAUCGCUUGCAAAAGCUACCCCCAGACCCCAUCUUUGCCCGUGCCCAGGACUCAAUGAUUCUGACUACACCUUAUGCUCCCCAGCUGUCUCUAAGUCUAGGUGGGAACCCACUGCAUUGCAACUGUGAGAUGCUGUGGCUGCGCAGGCUUGAAAGAGACGACGACCUGGAAACUUGUGCCUCCCCUCCUGCUGUGAAGGGUCGUUACUUUUGGAAUGUGAAGGAGGAGGAGUUUUUGUGUCAGCCGCCUCUUAUUACCCAGCACACCCACAGAAUGCUGGUACUGGAGGGCCAAACGGCCAGCUUAAGGUGCGAAGCAACUGGAGACCCUUCUCCUACCAUCCAUUGGAUCUCCCCUGAUGAUCGGCUGCUUGGCAACUCCUCCCGAACCGCAGUGUACAGCAACGGAACCCUGAGCAUCACAAUCACCACCUCGAAGGACUACGGCACCUUCACCUGCAUCGCUGCUAAUGUGGCCGGGGAGUCCACCGCCUCUGUGGAGGUGUCCAUCGUUCAGCUCCCGCACCUCAGCAACGGCACUGGUCAGCCAGCACCACCGAAGUCACGCCUCUCUGAUAUCACAGGGACCACUAGGAUCAGCAAGGGCGCUCCCAAGAGCCAACCAGAGAGGACUGUGUCCGUCUCUGAGGUGACAGCUGUUUCAGCGCUGGUCAAGUGGACAGUCAGCAAGUCAUCUCCCAAAGUGAAGAUGUACCAGCUCCAGUACAACUGCUCUGAUGAUGAGGUUCUCAUCUACAGGAUGAUCCCGGCCUCCAGCAAAGCAUUCCUGGUGACGAAUCUGGUGUCGGGAACGCGUUACGAUCUGUGUGUGCUGGCCGCCUGGGAUGACACCGCCACUACGCUCACGGCCACAAACGUGGUGGGCUGCACCCAUUUCUUCACCCAGGAUGACUACCCUCAGUGCCAGUCUCUGCCCAGCCAGCUGCUUGGAGGCACCAUGAUCCUGGUGGUGGGGGGCAUCAUUGUGGCCACUCUGCUCGUGUUCAUCGUCAUCCUCAUGGUGCGCUACAAAGCUGCAGAUACUGAGCCCCCAGUGGGUAAACUGACCAACGUCAGCGACACACACUCUCAGACCAACGGGGGUCGACUCGGGCAAAAUGGACUUCUCAUGCCCCAGUCUCAGCCUCAGCCUGAGCUGGUCAAGGCCAAAGUGACUCUGCAGGAUGAGGUGGUGGAGUUCAAGUGCGGCUCCCUCCAAAGCAGCCUCACCUCUUCUUCCUCGUCCUCAGGUUCCAUGGCGGCGGGAUCUUACAGCCCCAACAGCACACUUGCCAGCAUUUGGAGGUCAGCUCCCUCCAAGCCCCGGCCCAACCUGGACCACCUGCUCGGGGCCUUCACCUCGCUGGAGCUGCGGGGGGCGCAGGGCCGUGACCCAGGAACCUCCAGUAGCGCCACAAUGGCGACAGGGAAACCACACACAGACAGGGAGCCGCUGCUGGGCCGGACGCUGGACUCCAGCCUCAGCCGGCUCCUCAUGCUACCUUUGGACUCCAAGCCAAAAAGGAGCCAGUCCUUCGACAUGGGAGACGUACCAAGCGCUGGGGCCACACAGCUGUGCAACAAACCACGCAGGAUCAGCAGUAUCUGGACUAAGAGGAGCCUCUCUGUAAAUGGCAUGCUGCUGCAGUGCGAGGAGGAGGGGGACACGGGAGGGAGCAAGGGUACGAUAGACAGCGCUGACUGGGUGAUGGAGAGUACUGUCUAGGAAAGAUGGAGGACCAUCACACUGUCAAACACUGCCUAAUUGGACGGCCAACAGCCAUGCCAAGACAGACCCACUGUUCUCAGAGCCUUUGUCCCGCAUGAAGCACACACAUUUUCAUCCCUUCCACUCCACCGCUCAGACUCAAGUGGGACAGGAUGAGGGGUUUUCACAGUCAUAGCCAAAUACAAACUUCAGGAAUAAGACCUUUGGAUUGUUUUGCCUCACACUUUGUACAGAGAUGGAUUAACACGGCACCAAGAGCUGAAGGGAAAUGACUGAGCAGUACCCUCUGCUAUAGUGAUCAUGCCCUUGGACUGUUAUUAUACUGUAUAAAUUUAAAGUAUGUAAUGAAAUUAAAGUUUUAUAUUUUUUAUUUUGCUGGUCAAACACAAAUGAUCCAUUACUGGCCUUUGCCUUGACAUAAGAGCAAGGUCAUUACACUAUAAAAACUUCUACUGUAAAUUCAUCCUCAUUUCAGUUACCUACCGACGCUGUUUAACCUUCUUUGACGGAAUGGUGAAGUAUAUAUACGUAGAUGUGAUGCUAUGAUUCAUGAAGAUUUAAGAAAAAGAUUUAUUGACAAAGCUGUAUGUGAAUAUAUUUACUUUCUAUACAGAGUAUAUAUUUGAGGGGUCACUCAAUGAUUCUGUAUGCUUAUCAUAUCAAAAUUUAUGUGACUGCAUAGAUUAUGAAACCCAUCAUUUCCUAAACUAUGGCUGUACUUUAUGUGAAGACUCAGUUCAUUGUUUAAAAAAUGCCAAAUUAUCGAGGAGGAAAGUGGUGCAAUGGGCAGGAUGUCCCAAGACAAUUAGGCCUGUUUAUUUCAUGUACAUUUGGUAGAUCCAGUAGCAAAAUGGAUGUUUUUUAUGGGUUUUGUUGUUAUUAAUUGAAGUUUUUUUUUUUAAAAAAAAAGAUGAAAUCCCUGUUUUGUUACACCACCUUAUAAUGCCCUGAAACCAAACAUCUCCUCCAAGUUCAGUGAAAUUAACUGCACAUUCAGGGCAAUGUUGGAUACUACAACAAAACCAGGAUGUAUAUUUUUGAACAUAUAUACACAGAUAUACUGAAUAAGAAUAAAACGCUUUUGUUUUUGCUCCAGUUUUUCAGGAGUCGAAAAAAAAGAUCUAAGGCUUUUUCUAUGCACACAAAAGAAUUAUUUCUCUAAAAUGUUGUUCACAAAAUAAAUAAAAUUAAAAUCUGUGUAAAUGAGCAUUUUGCUAACAUAAUCCAUAAUCUAUCCACCUGACAGAUGCCUUAAAAUUUGAGGGAGCAUGCCAUUGGCAUGCUGACUGCAGGAAUGUCCACCAAAACUGUUGAACUGAAUGUUUAUUUCACUAGCAUAAGCUGUCUCCACUGUAAUUUCUGAGACUCUGCAACAAACCUCACAAUGGCAGACCUUGUGAAACCAGCUCAGUACCUCCACCUUCACUUGCAAGCUACUAACAUGAACAUCCAGAUGGUUUGUGAGCGUUUGUGCAGAAAUUCUUCAGUAGUGCAGACCAAUCGACUGAAGAUGCUGGAUGCAGAGGUUCUGAGCUGUUGUGGUUUAACAUAGUUGUAAAGACAGUUGGAUGUACUGCCAAAUCCUCAUAAAACGCCAUUCAGUUCAGUUCGACAAUCAGCAUACCAAUAAUACACUACCUCAAAACUUGCAACAUUGGUAGUAAUUAUGGGCUUUUAUUGUGGCCUUCCCAAGGUACACCUGUGUAGUAAUGAUGCUACUAAUCAGCAUCUUGUUACUCCAACAUCAUUGAAAACCAGCACUUGGUCAAUGACUUCUGGCAUCAGACACCAACUAAAUAAGCCAUCCUUUCACGUCUGUACAAUACUUGGCCAGUCACCAUAGCGUAUGGCAGUGUCAGGGGGGAAACGCAGGAGGACAGCAACAAAAGUUGUUGUACUGCUGCGGAAAUCCGAGGUGGCGGAAAUCUGAGUAAGUGGGCAGGAGGGGUGGUGUAUGGGUCCAACAACGAGUGAUGGCCAAAUGAAGCCUCAUGAAGCAUUUUCUUUAUUUUCUGAGCCCACUAGAUGGCGAUCUUGGUUUAAAGA